UUCUGCUUUCAUCGUUUCAGAGCAGUUUCAGCGAACGAGCUACAGCACAAGACUUGCAGAGGAAUCUAUACAGUUACAGCGGGGAGAAAAGGGAAGGCGAGAACAGAAGAAAGUGAAUGAAGGGUGAUCAGCAACUCAAUUUGCCGGCGGGGUUUAGGUUCCAUCCCACGGACGAGGAGCUGGUGGUGCAUUACCUUUGCCGGAGGUGUGCGGGGGACCAGAUUGCGGUGCCCAUUAUUGCUGAGCUUGAUCUCUACAAGUUUGAUCCCUGGGAACUUCCUGAUAUGGCACUGUAUGGUGAAAAAGAGUGGUACUUCUUUUCUCCAAGAGACCGGAAGUACCCGAACGGCUCACGGCCGAACCGGGCAGCGGGAACUGGAUACUGGAAGGCCACCGGAGCUGAUAAGCCGGUGGGGAAACCCAAGACACUGGGUAUCAAGAAAGCUCUGGUGUUCUACGCCGGAAAAGCUCCAAGAGGAGUGAAAACCAAUUGGAUUAUGCAUGAAUACCGCCUGGCUAAUGUUGAUCGCUCAGCCGGAAAGAGAAAUAAUCUAAGGCUUGAUGAUUGGGUUUUAUGUCGUAUAUACAACAAGAAAGGAACUCUUGAGAAGCAUUACAAUGUGGAUCAGAAGGAUGUGCAUUUCUCAGACAGCGAAGAACAAAAGCCGAAGGUGGAGGCAUUGCCUUAUGGUGAGAUGACGACACCCGUGAUGCAGGUGACACAGACGGUGGCAUCUCAAAGGAUGACUGAAUAUAUUCAUUUUGACACAUCUGACUCGGUGCCGAAAUUGCAUACCGACUCGAGCUGCUCCGAGCAUGUUUUAUCACCGGAGUUUAUGUGUGAUAAGGAGGUGCAGAGUGAGUCCAAGUGGGGUGAGUUAGAAAGUUAUCUUGAUUAUCAGCUGAAUUACGUGGAUGGCUUUCAAGAUGACCCUUUCGGAUCCCAAAUGCAGAACAAUGACCAGCUCUCUAUAUUUCAAGACAUGUUUGCCUACAUGCAGAAGCCCUUCUAACUAUGGGAUCUAUGUUUGCUUGGUCCCAAUACUAUAUAGUAUAAGGUGUAGAUAGCCUUGUAAAUCCCACUUCUCGCA